AUGGGAUUGUGUAUCCACGAAGGAACUGUGGGAUUGUGUAUCGAAACAGCAGCACCACACCAGAACCGCAGCACCACACCAGAACAGCAGCACCACACCAGAACCGCAGCACCACACCAGAACAGCAGCACCGCACCAGAACAGCAGCACCACACCAGAUACAGCAGCACCACACCAAGACAGCAGCAUCCACACAAUAACAGCAGCACCACACCAGAAGAGCACCACCACACCAGAACCUGCAGCAGCACACCAGAACAGCAGCACCCACACCAGAAACAGAGCACCACACCAGAAGAGCACCAACCACAACAAAACGCAGCCCCAAAACACGAGAACAGCAGCCCCAAACCAGAAGCAAAGAGCAGCACCACCCCAGAAGAGCAGCACCACACCAGAACCGCAGCAAACACCAGAAGAGCAGCCACGCACUCAGAUACCGAAGAAAAAAACAGAAGAGAAGAACCACAAAAGAAACGAAUAACACAACACACAGAAGAAGAGCACCGCACCAGAAAAAGAGAACAACCCACCGGACCAGCAGCACGACAUCAAUAUACCGCAGCAUCGACCAAGUACCGAGCAACAACACCAGAAACAGCACCACCACAACACAAACACCGCAGCACCACACAAGAAAGCAGCACCACCCCAGGACCCAGCAGCCACCCACACCAGAAGAGUCAGGCACCGCACCAGAACCGCAGCCCCACACCAGAACCGCAGCACCACACCAGAACCGCAGCACCACACCAGAAGAGCAGCACCACCCCAGAAGAGCAGCACCCACACCAGAACCGCAGGCACCACACCAGAAGAGCAGCCACCGCACCAGAACCGCAGCACCGCACCAGAACCGCAGCCCCCACACCAGAACCGCAGCACCCACACCAGAACCGCAGCACCACACCAGAAGAGCAGCACCACCCCAGGAAGAGCAGCACCACACAAGAACCGCAGCACCACACCAGAAGAGCAGCACCGCACCAGACCGCAGCACCACACCAGAACCGCAGCACCACACCAGAACCGCAUCACCACACCAGAAGAGCAGCACCACACCAGAACCGCAGCACCACACCAGAACCGCAGCACCACACCAUAACCUCAUCCCCACACUGA